GUUUUAGUAAUUUUGAAUUAAUUGUAAUAAUAUAAAAUUUGUAAAAUCUUAGCCUUAUUGAUAGCGAUUUAAUUGGGAAUAAAUUAAGGGAUAAAAUUGUGCUAAAUUUUUUUUUAUUUUUUUACAUUGAUAAAAGUCAUUCAACUUUUUUUCUGUUUUUGUGUAGAAAGGAAGGCACAGACAAACAAUGUAUUUCGUCAAGUCAUUAAUAUAAAAUAAUUUGCAUUGAACAAUAUAAGACUUGAUUUUGCCAAGUGUACAUUGUUCUUAAAAAAUUUAGAAGGUGGUUAAGUACAAUAUUAACACAUGUAAUACAAUGAAAAUUCAACAUGUAUUGUAUUGUGAUUUAAAAACAAAGUCAUUUCCCCCGUUUUUUCAUUACAUAUAAAACAGGAGAUAUAUUUAAUUUGAUAUUUGGGCAUUAUAUUCAGACUUGAUACAGAAUAAAUUCCAGGUCUAAGUAUAUGAGUACUACAAAUAUAUCUAUUUAAUAAACCAUGUAAGAGUUGGAAUGAAUGUUUUGAAUAUAAAGAAUAAGAAUGGCGAAUGUCUAUUAUUGCAGAAAAAUGCCCUUGUAUGAGGGGAUAGGUUUGAUCUCUGAGAAGCAUGCUGUUGUACUAGAUAUCGGUGCUGCUUAUACUAAAUGUGGUUACGCAGGUGAGUUGACCCCCCGCUGUAUCGUGCCGAGCUUGAGUCGGGAUGGAACAGCAUUGCACGAUUUAGACUCAGAGGAUGAGAUUUAUAAUGAACUAGUUCCUUUCAUUCAUACACUUUACUUCAAGUGGUUGCUUGUGAAUCCUAAAGACCGGAGAGUUGUUAUUAUAGAAUCCAUUCUUGGAUCCAUUAAAUUCAAGGUAGGGAUUGAAAGAUUGACCUUGGAUCCAUCAAAUUCAAGGGUCGAUCUUUUGAACCGAGGAAACCUUAUUUUCGGAGAGAAUAAGGAAACAUCUAGACCAGUAGCUCAUUCACCAGAGAUACUUACAAAUCAGAUAGUUGAGGAUAUCCUGGUUAGAUGUUGCCUGGUCACUAGUAUUGAAAAUGGAAAAGAUAUUUAUCAAAUAUCUCAGGAUGCCAGUUCUGUAUCAUCUCUCUCUACCUGCCUUAACUCCUGUCCGCCCACAGUUAGGUAUCCCAUUGGUGGUGACUGCAUGCUUCUGAUAGAUGGUGUAACUAGAGCCGGUUCUGCUGAAGUGCUUUGGCAUCUAGAUGGUGAAGAUGCUAUUAGAUCCUGCCCUAUUGACUCUAGGAGGGAACUGGCAAACAACCUGGUUCUAGUUGGAGGAGUCACUAUGAUGCCAGGCUUUAAGUCGAGACUAAACCAGGAGUUAAUGAGUUUACUAAAUACUCCUAAAUACAAAGAUCUGAAGAUUAGAGAGUUCAAGGUUCAUCAGCCACCAACCAAACCAAACCUUGCCACGUGGUUAGGUGGGGCAAUAUUUGGCGCAACAGAUGUGGUCGUAACACGCUCUCUACCUAGGGAACAGUAUCUCAAGGAUCCCUGUGUUCCUGAUUGGGCUAAUCUCAGAUUCAACUCAGUGUACAUGGAGGAGAGACAAGGAUAAGUGUAGCUGGCACGUUGUACUAUGUACAAUGUACUGGCUAAGUACUCUCUGUACAACCUCAAACACGCCAUUUCUAGGAUUUGUUUGAAAUAAGCUUCGCAUUUUUUUGUUUAAUUCCUCGUAAUGAAUCUUUUUAAUAUUUUCUCAAAGCUGU